CUCCUCUCCCCUCCUCCAUCCUGCGACAUCCGACACUCUCCCAUCCAUCUCAACGCGUAUCAAUAACACUCUGCUCCUCUCCCUGCCCUUGACAGCACCAAAGGUGCGCAGACAUUGCCCCUCCCUCAUCCCCCCAUGUCCGGAGUGACAUACGGCCAUCACCCCGCCAAUGGCGGCGGCGAGUACGUCUUUGUCGCCCCAAACGGCCAGCAGAUGACCUACGCCCAGCCAGGACAAGCUGUGGGCAUCUCGGCCGGCAUCCCCCAACACCAUCUUGUGCAGCAGUCCGCCGGUCCAUACAUGACAACCGGCGAACCUUCCAUGCGCAAGACUGUUGAAGGAAUUCCCCAGAUCCACGUCCAGCAGCAGCAACAGCAACAGCAGCAGCAACAGCAACAGCAGCAGCAGCAGCAACAGCAGCAGCAACAAGCGCACCACCACCAGCAACAGCAGCAGCAGCACCACCACCACCAACAAAUGCAGUCAAUGGUCGCGGGCGGUGUCCCAAUGAACGCAACACACUCAAUACCAUUACUGCAACAUCAUUUUGCCGUCCCGACAGCUCCACCUACGCAGGCUUACCCUGCCGGCGUCCCGAUGGAGUUUUACCAGACCGCAGCCCACCCCGCUCAAGGCAUCGCCUUCCCACAUAUGGCCGCCACCCACGUGCCAGAUUUCCGCUUCGGCGGGCCGCAAUAUGUCGUGGAAUCCGGCUGGCACGGCGAGGCCGAGUGGGAUGGCGACUAUGAGGAGAACGGCGGCGCAGUCCUGUACGGCAAUCUCGAGGUCAAGCACCGGCGCCGGACAACCCCAGAACAACUCAGAGUCCUUGAACACUACUUCAGCAUCAAUCCGCGGCCGGACAACCAGCUCCGCGAGUUUUUGGCCGGCGAGUUGGGCAUCACCAAACGUAAUGUCCAGGUGUGGUUCCAAAAUCGUCGUGCAAAGAUCAAGAAUCAGGAGAAGGCAAGAGAAGCCGCCGCCCAAGAGGCGAAAAAUAAGGAGGCUGCCGCCGCGGCUGCGGCCGCUGCUGCGAACUCGAGCGACAGCACUGCUGGAACAAAGACUGAGCCCGUCACUCCCGAGGAAGUGAACGUCAGCACAGGCAGUAUGCCGCCGCAACUACAGCCUGUGACUCCCGGAGGGCGAAGUCAGAUGUCGGCCGCAUCACUAAGUGCGCAGUCGACGCCUACUCGCCCAACGUCAUCUUCUGGGCCGCAGCGAAACCCUACGCUCUCAGUAGACAAGCUGGCCAUGGGCCGGCGUGUCUCGCUCGCAGGAGGAGACGUUGCCAGCAUCGAGACGUGGGCUAGGCAACGAAGGCAGCAGCUCGCAAGUACGCUCAACACGCCUUCACCUGCCAACUCGCCCAUGGGCAUGGCGGCUGCGGCGCGCCGGAGCAGCCAGCCCUAUCCGACGCAGAUCAUUACGCACCACGAGGAUUUUGUCACUCCCUUGCGGCCGACGCUCCCGAGUCCAAAAGUGUCUCCAAACGGGCGCAUGCCGCAGCAGCUGCUGCUCACGGCCAUGCGAAACAACACGAUGCGCCGAGCCUCCAUGCCUGGUGGGGCACAGCUGAUCUCUCAAACGACGUUUACGCCCCCACGAACGAUAAACGUGCACCCGGUCGGCAGCAACUCGACGCGCGAGUUGAGCCCAAUACGGGACAUGGACCACGACUCGGACAUUGACCCGACCCUGCGCCCAUCUGGUGCGGGUGUGGGAGUGUAUGUGACGCCUCCGGGCAUCGACCAGUCGCUGCUCAACAUGCAGCACGACUCGCAGCAGCUGCAGUACCAGCUGAACCCGAAUGGCCUGCCCUUCUCGCCAAACUCGCCCCUGCCCAACCCGACCUUCACGUUUGGCGGCACGCCCUCGGGUCCGAUCGACGAGAGCGCGCACACGUCCAUGUCGACGACGCCGGUGCUGCCCGGCCCCGGGUCGGACCAUGCGUUGUGGAUGGCGCUGCAGCGCGGCCGCUUGGCAUCCUUGGCAUCGGUCAACUCCGUGACGAGCAACGCCACGGACGCGACGUCGACCUGCGACGGCAGCGACGACUGGGCGCCACUGAACCCGCCCGGGUUCGACCCGGACAUCCGGCGCGCCUCGGCGCCCGCCGACCUGCUGCACAACAUCGGGUUGCUGGGCAUUUCGUCGCAGAGCCAGUCGUCGUCGUCGAGCGCGGGCAUGCGCCCCUCCCCCCUCGCCUCUUACAUCCAGGGGUACGACGAGCACACGGCGUCGACGCCGACGCUCGGCGGCGGGCCGUACAUCCCGACGCAAGACGCGUCUCCGUCGACGGUGACGGGCUCGAACGCGCCCAGCGAAGGCCCCUCGCCGUCCGCGCUGCACGCCCACACGUCGGGCUCGGGCUCGGGUUCUAGCUCCACGCUCAUGCCCCCGCCCCCGCUCCCGCAGCGGCAGUCGUACACGACACUGCCGCAGUUCGAGCUCGCGCCCGACGCCCCGGCCCUGCCCGAGCCCUCGGCAUUCACGCUCCCCGAGGACGGCUUUGGCGACUUUGACCUCGGCUUCGACCUCGCGGACGACAAGGACCCGUUCGCGUUCCUCACCGACCUCGGCGACGACGCCGUCAAUGUGCUCGUAUAAUCAAUGCCAUACGCCCCCACAUCUACGCCCCCACGCCCGCCCAUGCCCUGCAACGCUACAUAUUGGGAUUAGGAUGCAUACACGUUGUACCUGCGAG